UCUGGCGUUCGUAGCUACGCCGUGCGCGGUGCAUGUGCUGGCCAACUUCCUCCAGCCACUAUUUGCCCAUCCUGGGAGGCGGAAGAAAGAGAGGUGGAAAAACAUUCUCCCACCUCCGCUCUCACGGAAGGGGUUAGGACUGACCUGGAAUCAGGAAGACCUACAGUGAAGUCCUCCAUCUGGUAUAUAAGCAGUACAACCAUGGACUAUUUAGACUUUCAGGAGUAUUCUAGCCUCUGCUCUGUUGUACCAUGGCUCGUGCUUUUGUGAUACCACCGUUAUUAAGAGACUCAGCUGGAAUAUUCUGCCUUCAGGCUGCACUGUCACCACGGACGCCCAAAGACUGGCGUCACUUCACCAGGAGCUGCAUAAUGAAAUCCCAGAAGAAAACUGAUCACUUGGAGAGGACAGCAAAAAUCUUUCGAGAGGAGGUUGUAUCUCCUGCUAAAGUGUGCGGGAUUAUCAAUGAGUCCAAAACUGUCCGAAGGCUCCGUUUGCUGGUUGCCAGUAAAGAAUUUGCUUUUAAAGCUGGCCAAUGGGUUGAUUUCUUUAUUCCUGGUGUUCCUGUAGUUGGUGGAUUCUCGAUUUGUUCAAGCCCGAGACUGUUAGAACAAGAAAGUGCUUUGGAAUUAGCAGUGAAAUACACCAAUCAUCCUCCCUCUACCUGGGUCCAUACCAAGUGUGCUCUUGAUUCUGAAGUGGCCCUGCGAGUUGGCGGAGAGUUCUUCUUUGACCCUCAGCCUUCAGACGCCUCUGUGAACCUGGUGCUGAUAGCAGGAGGAGUGGGGAUCAACCCGCUUAAUUCCAUCUUGCUGCAUGUAGCUGAUCUUUACCGACAUUGGGAGAACAAAGGAAGUGGCUACAAGAUGGGAAGAGUGAGACUUUUCUACAGUGCCAGAAAUACCAACGAAUUAUUAUUUAAGAAAAGUAUUCUCGAUUUAACAAAUGCAUUUCCUGGGAAAAUCGUGUGUAGUUUCCAUGUUACACAACAGACUACAGAAAUCAGUAAAGAGCUGCAGCCUUAUGUCACUGAGGGAAGGAUUUCUGACAAGGACCUGGAGGAGCACAUCUCCAAGGACACCGUGUUUUUCAUCUGCGGCCCGCCGCCCAUGAUAGAACACUUCUCUGCGCAUCUCGAAGCCCGCAUGGUCCCCAGAGAGCGCAUUCGCUUUGAGAAGUGGUGGUAGCGGCGGAGACGAAGGACCAGGAUCAGGCCCGGUUCUGUGCUGCCCGGCCGCGGAGCCCAGGGCUCCCCCUGGGGCUGUCCCAGGACUCUCCACAAGGGGGACGGGGGAUGAAGAAGAGUGUCUGUGGUGAAAAGCAUUUGGAAGAUGAAAUCUGAGCAAAGGUGUCUUUGGGGACACUGUGUGGGUAACAGAUAUCUGAAUUUCUUCUAUUGAUAAUUCCUCAAUGAUCUGAUAAUGCGCCCCACAGCAGGCCAUUAUUGAUUUUCUGCUUUUUUUUCCAGGAAGGGUGGGGAUGGCCAGAAUGAUGUAGAUUUACCCCAUAAUAUAUCUGAAACUGCUGGAUUGUGUGUGAAAUAUUGAUCUUGUAUAACUUAUAUUUUACCCAAAACUGUAUAAUGAUGUACUGCAAUAAACACAUUUUAAUCAGG